UUUCCAGUAGCUGGACGCCUUCCCAACAUGGGCUGCCUAGCCCUUCUCCUCUGGCUGCUGCUCCUCCAUGCUGUGAUGCUACAGGAAGCAGUCUGCUCCAGGAGGGACGUCAGAGGACCCAGAGAAAGGCCAUGGAAGGGACAGCCUAAGAGAAGCACCAUGCAAGGCACACCUGGGGAGCAGCGAGAUGACUGGCUUGCUGUGCAGUUGGUGGAAGGUUCUGGAAGGUGUUCUGGCCGCGUCGAGGUAUAUUUUGAAGGCGUGUGGUGCACGGUGUGCGAUGACCUGUGGGACGAGAAUGAAGCACAGGUGGUGUGCCAGCAGCUUGGCUGUGGGACGGCCGUCUCCGCCCCUGGAGAGGCCCGCUUUGGCCAGGGCUCCGGCCCCAUUCUUCUGGACAAUGUGCAGUGUUCUGGGACUGAGGCCUCUCUGGGGCAGUGCUCGCACGCUGGCUGGUUUGCCCACAACUGUGGACACAGCGAAGACGCUGGUGUCAUCUGCUCGGAAAAUGAACGUGAAACUUCAGGAAGUUUUGAAACUGAGAUCCUAACACCAUUUCCUGGUGACUGGCCACAACUGCAACUAGUGAACGGGUCGGGCAGAUGUUCUGGACGUGUGGAAGUUUUCUACCAUGGCCGGUGGGGCAGGGUUUGUGAUGACGACUGGGACAUGAACGAAGCCCAUGUGGUGUGCCGGCAGCUGAACUGUGGGCAUGCCCUCGCAGCCCCCGUUGAGGCCCAAUUUGGCGAUGGUGAAGGCAAGUUUCUGCUGGAUGAUGUGGACUGUACAGGAAGAGAGAGUUUUCUGGGACAGUGUCCUCAUGCCGACUGGUCUCUCCACAACUGCGGUCCCGGAGAAGAUGCCAGUGUCAUCUGCUCAGACACUGAGUACUUAAAGCCUGCAUUGGAGAGUGUUGAGAAGUCACUGCCAAUGCCCCAAGGUGAUGGAAAUUCAGCAACCAUACUAUCAGUUCUACCUGCUGCUGUCUCAACUCAGCUCUCUUCUGUAACUGCAACACAUCCAACAACAUCAGCCCUCUCAACUUCCACCAUCCUGGAAGACGUUAACCACCCAACCUUAGCAUCAGCUGUCCCUGUGAUUGACUCACUGUCUUCGAGUCGCAGAGCCAGUGUUCCUUGGCCCAGCCCAUCAGAAGACUGGCCAGAGCUGAGGCUGGUAAAUGGCACUGGAAGAUGCUCUGGACGGGUGGAAGUUUCCUACCAGGGCACCUGGGGGUCGGUGUGUGACGACGGCUGGAGUCUGGAGGAGGCGCACGUCGUAUGCAGACAGCUUGGGUGCGGCCAGGCAGUGUCUGCCCCCCUGGGCGCCCACUUCGGCCCAGGCUUUGGAAAGAUUCUCCUGGACAAUGUGCACUGCAGUGGAGAGGAGAGCCACCUGGCCCUGUGUGCCCACGACACCUGGUUCACUCACAACUGUGGUCACGAGGAGGAUGCUGGAGUCAUCUGCUCAGGUGCUCUUACGGUAAACCCCUCCCCUCCAGCAUCGUUGCUACCAACACCACCACCAUCAGCAUUAUCACCAGAAACUAAUCUAUCUACUGCUGAAAUAACAAUCACACCUAUCACCACUGGGGAGGAGCAAACACCAGUGGCUGACGGCUUCUCAGAGCCUUCGCUGACCACACCCCCUGAGGUCUUGACACCUCCUCCUGCAGGAGCCUGGAUGGCCGUGAGGCUGGUGAAUGGCACCGGGAGGUGCUCAGGCCGCGUGGAGGUUCUCAUCCAGGGCACGUGGGGGACCGUGUGCGAUGACCUCUGGGAACUGGCUGAGGCCACCGUCGUGUGCCGUCAGCUGCAGUGUGGCCAGGCUGUGGCCGCUCCCACAGGGGCCCACUUUGGGGCAGGCUCAGGGAAGAUUGUGCUGGAUGACGUGCAGUGUGCAGGCAGUGAGAGUCACUUGGGGCAGUGUUUGCACAGGGGCGAGGCUGGGCACAACUGCGGGCACGUGGAGGAUGCUGGCAUCACCUGCACAGGUCGUGACAGUCCACAAGCCCCCUCCCACACCCCAGGGCCCGAAGCCACCUCCUCACUGUACACACUCACAGGUGCUGACAAUUCACCAAGUCCCACUCUAGUUAUAGAGCCUGAAGCUGCCGCUUCAUCAUACACUUUGUCAGGUCAAAUACUGUCAGCAGCCAUGCCCACCACAGAGCCUGCUACACUGCCUGCAACUCCUACUCCAGCAGGUGAUGGAAUACCUGCAACCAGAGACACAGCAGAGCCUGUGGCCCUGUGGUCCACACCCACGCCGCUGGCAGGUGCUGGUUCCACAGCUGCUCUGCCUACAGCCCGUGAGAACCUACUUCCCACAUCACUGGUGAUAUCAGUGACUCAACACCCACCUCCUUCUACGCCUCCAGAUGCUGAAUACUCUAUGGCCACACCACCAGGUCACCCAUUGGCUGCAAUGGCAGAGACGAUGGCUGCAGAAACAUCUCAGUGUGGCAGCAUCAUCACUAACUCGUCUGGAGCGAUUAGGAAUCCGCCAAAGAAUGAAAUGCAUGACAACAUGACCUGUGUGUGGGAGAUCAAGACCAACGCAUCCAACCGGAUACUGCUGGCAUUUCCAUAUCUUGACCUCAACUGCUCCAACGAAUAUUUUGAAAUCCUGGACGGCCCUCCAUCCUCGGCAAAGUCCCUGGGGAAGACCUGCUCUGGUUCCUACCUCACCUACGCGUCCUCCUCCAGCUCAAUGACCCUCGUGUACUUCCGAAGCUUCAACACUAUAGGAAAAAACUUCGUUGCUUAUUAUUAUUCUGCAACCAAAGAGGCAGUUUCACGGACCCCGAAUCUAAUCACAAUCCUGACAUCACCACCCAAGCUGGUAACAGCAAGACCAGGGGACUGGCCGGAGCUGCAGCUGGUGGGCAGCUCAAGUCAGUGCUCAGGACGUGUGGAGGUCCUCCACCAGGGGGCCUGGGGCACCGUGUGCGAUGACCUGUGGGACCUGAAUGAAGCUGAGGUCGUGUGCCGACAGCUGGGGUGCGGUCGGGCCGUGUCCGCCCUUGGGAAGGCCUACUUUGGCCCAGGCUCUGGAGACAUCUUCCUGGACAACCUCCAGUGCUCUGGGGUGGAGCGCUACCUGGGCCAGUGUGCCCACUCAGGCUGGUCAGAACACAACUGCGGCCACCACGAGGAUGCCGGUGUUAUCUGCUCAGAUGCUGACGAGUCACUUAUUAACAGUCCGGGAAACUGGCCAGAGCUGCGGCUGGUGGGCAGCUCAGAUCAAUGCUCAGGACGUGUGGAGGUCCUCCACCAGGGGGCCUGGGGCACCGUGUGCGAUGACCUGUGGGACCUGAAUGAAGCUGAGGUCGUGUGCCGACAGCUGGGGUGCGGUCGGGCCGUGUCCGCCCUUGGGAAGGCCUACUUUGGCCCAGGCUCUGGAGACAUCUUCCUGGACAACCUCCAGUGCUCUGGGGUGGAGCGCUACCUGGGCCAGUGUGCCCACUCAGGCUGGUCAGAACACAACUGCGGCCACCACGAGGAUGCUGGCGUCAUCUGCUCAGAUGCAGAAGGCCUGCCUCCUCCCAUACCUCCAGGUCUUUCUACAGCUUUUCAGGAUCAUAUAACAGGAGGAAGUAACUCUUGUGGAGGGGUCAUUUCUAGUCUCUCCGGCUCAUUUUCCAGUCCGCUGUAUCCAGAAAAUUACCCAACAGACAUCCAGUGUGUUUGGGAGAUCCAUGUGGAUAAAAAAUUCCGCAUAGAACUCAUGAUCCCAAGUUUGAAACUGGAAGAUGUCCUUGGAUGCCCGUAUGACUCAGUUGAAAUCUUUGAUGGCCCCAGGAUUGCCUCGCUCUCCAUGGGGAAGUUCUGUGCGUCAGCAGUUGUGAUGUUUUUCUCCUCUUCAGACAUCAUGACAGUGGUGUUUCGAAGUGACUCUAUGAUCACCAAUACUGGCUUUUAUGCUCUAUUCAAUGCGAUUCCACAGGGUGAAAGAGAGUCAGAAAAUGCACCAGAGCUGCGGCUGGUGGGCGGUUCCGGACGGUGCUCAGGACGCCUAGAGGUCCUCCACCAGGGGACCUGGGGCACUGUGUGCGAUGACCUGUGGGACCUGAAAGAAGCUGAGGUGGUGUGCCGACAGCUGGGGUGUGGACAGGCCAUUGCUGCCCCUGGAAGGGGCCACUUUGGCCCAGGCUCUGGAGACAUCCUUUUGGACAACAUUCAGUGUUCAGGAAGCGAGAACCACCUUGGCCAGUGCCCUAGCUCUGGCUGGUCAGACCACAAUUGUGGCCACCAUGAGGAUGCUGGUGUCAUCUGCUCAGAUGCUGGAGACUGGGCUCCAGACGUGACCCCUGCUCCCUCAGCUGCCACUCCUCAAGCCCCUAUGCCACAAGGAGGAAGUAACUCUUGUGGGGGAGUAAUUUCAAGCCUCUCGGGCUCCUUCUCCAGUCCUUGGUAUCCAGCAAACUACCCCACCAACGUGGAGUGUGUCUGGGUCAUACAAGUGGCUGAGAAGUUCCACAUAAAACUGAUGAUCCCAAGCCUGAAAUUAGAAGACGUCUCUAGGUGCCCCUUCGACUUUCUUGAAGUGUUCGAUGGACAGCAAGUUGCCUCACUCUCCAGCGGCAGAUUUUGUGCUGGCUCGGAUCUCACCUUCUUCUCCUCUUCGAACAUCAUGACCGCAGUGUUCAGAAGUGACGCCAUGAUAACCAAUACAGGGUUUUAUGCUCUGUACAAUGCCAUUCGGCAAGAUGAAAGGGACAGUGGUGCAUCCCUGAGACUGGUGAAUGGCAGUCACAGGUGUGAAGGCCGGGUGGAGGUCUUCUACAAUGGCACCUGGGGCACGGUGUGUGAUGACAGCUGGGACCUGACAGAUGCCAGGGUGGCAUGCCAGCAGCUCGGCUGUGGUGAGGCCUUGUCAGCCCCAGCUCAGAGCUACUUUGAAGGGGGCACUGGCCACAUCAUGCUGGAUGACGUGCAGUGCAUAGGGAAUGAAGCCAAGGUGUGGCAAUGCACACACAAUGGAUGGUUCUCCCACAACUGUGGGCACCACGAGGAUGCCAGUGCUAUCUGCUCAGGUAUCGAUGGCAAUCCAAAACUAAGACCAACAGACCCGCCUGGUGACAGCCCCCCUAAAGAUGAAAAUUUCCACUGUGGUGGUUUGCUCACAAAUCAUUCAGGCUCCUUCUCCAGUCCUUGGUACCCUAAAAAAUACCCCACAAAUGUGGUGUGUGCCUGGGACAUACAAGUGGAUAUCAGGGCUCAUGUCAAACUUACAUUUGCAGUGGUGAAGAUGGAAAAUUUCUAUGGCUGUCCGUACGACUUCAUUGAAAUCUUUGAUGGGUCACAAAGUGAAUCUUCUUCUCUGGGAAGGUUCUGUUCUGGUGCAAUGCCAAUAUUUACCUCCUCGUCAAAUCGCUUAACGGUGGUCUUCCACAGCGACGCUAUCAUCACCAACAUCGGCUUUCAUGCAUCCUAUGAGUCUCUCAUGCAAGACGAGAACGGCACUGAUGUGGCGCUCAGGCUGACCAACGGCAGCCACCGGUGUGAGGGCCGCGUGGAGCUGCACUACAACGGCAGCUGGGGGACCGUGUGUGAUGACAGCUGGGACCUGCACGAUGCCCAGGUGGUGUGCAGGCAGCUGGCCUGUGGCAGGGCUGUGUCGGCCCCCGGGCAGGCACAUUUCAACCGAGGCCUGGGCCCCAUUGCUCUGGACGAUGUGGAGUGUGUGGGGACUGAAGUCAGACUGUGGCAAUGCCUGCACAGUGGCUGGUUCUCCCACAACUGUGGCCACCACGAAGAUGCCGGUGUCAUCUGCUCAGGUGGGCCUGAUGCUGAGGCAGCAGCCUCCCUGCCUUACUCAACACCGUCCGCUACUGUGAGUCACCCAGCUUUAGCAUCGUUUCCAGAGCCCACAAAGCUGCCCACAUCAACAGAUUCUGCAGCCGCUGUACAUCCAGGAGUCUGUCCUGAAGCUGCCCCAGCAUCAGCUCCUACAGUUGCAUCAGCCACAGAAAUGACCACUUUACCUGGCAUGAUUUCCACUUUGGCAGAAGUGACUCCUUCACCCGAAUCUUUGAGUAUUGCUGUAGCCACUUCAACAGCUUCAAUCUCAACUGCUGUGACCUCCAUACCAGAUAUCUCUCCAACCUCAGCAGAGGCAAUCUCUCCAUCUGGUGUAUCUUCAACCUCAGCAGAAGUGGACACCCCCUCCGAUACAAUUCUCACUUCAGGCGAAGAGCCUUCUUCACCAGCCACAGAUCUGAUUUCAACAAAAGUGACACCAUCACCUGUUACCAUUUCAGUCCGUGAGGAAAUGGUCCCUUUACCUGACCGGCCCCUGCGCCUGGCUGGCGGGCACAGUGGCUGCGAGGGCCGGGUGGAGGUCCGGCACCAGGGUGUGUGGGGGACAGUGUGCGACGACCACUGGAACAUGAAGAACGCCCGCGUCGUGUGCCGCCUCCUGGGCUGCGGCCGCGCGCUGGGCGCCCCGGGGCGCAGCCACUUCGGCCCGGGCCGAGGGCCCAUCCUGCUGGACGACGUGCGCUGCGCGGGCACCGAGGACACGCUGGAGCGCUGCGCCCACCUGGGCUGGGCGCGACACAACUGCCGCCACGGGGAGGACGCGGGCGUGAUCUGCGCAGGUCCAGCUGACUCUGUCGUACCCAAGGACAAUGCCCAGCUCUCCUGCUUACCUCACCUCUUCCAAGUCAUCAUUGACCGCGGCUAUCUCCGAAGGCUGGGCUACUCUUCGUGGGACAUCCACUUAAAUGAUAAGCUGUGUCGCCCCCAAGUCACAGGGCGCUACCUGAUCUUCAACAUUCCCUAUGGCCACUGUGGCACCGUAAGAAAGGAAAGCCUCGGUGCCCUCAGCUACUCCAACUCCAUCAGAGGCCGAAUACAGGGCCACCCUGGCCGAGUCAUUGUGCGGCACAAGGUGCCUCAGCUGAAGUUCAUCUGCAGGGUGGACGGCCCAUCUGCGGUUGAAAUCAUUCCUGGGGCUGAUGUCCCAAGGGAAGGUGCCAGCUAUGAUGUGUCCAUAUCGUUCCUCGAGUUACCCAUGUCCCAGCAUGUGGGGAGCAUGGGGCCAUACUACGCCAGCCAGAGGAAAGAGGUCUUCCUCCAGGCCACACUCCACAGCCCGGAUCCCAGCCUCAGGCUCUUUGUGGACACCUGUGUGGCUUCUCCAGAUCCCCAUGAUUUCACAGCUGUCAAGUACGAUUUGAUCCGGCAAGGGUGCAUCAAAGACAAUACCUAUGUUAACCUGCACUCCAGCCAGAAGAACACGGCCCAGUUCAAGUUCAAUGCCUUCAGCUUUCUCAACAGCUACAAUGUGGUCUAUCUGCAAUGUAAGGUCGCUGUGUGCAAAGCAGGGGACCACUCCUCUCGCUGCUCCCAGGGCUGCGCAGGGCGGAGUGAGAGGGAUGCAGGCCCCAUGGAGACCAUGGAAGAACAGACUGAGCAUUUCCAAAUGGUGGGCCCACUGGAAAUCCACAAAAGAACUGAGCAGAGCAAGACUCUUGUGUGAUUUGUGUGAUUUCUCCAAUUUCCACAUUAAUCUGUUAGAAAUCAGAAGCUGUCUGUUUCUUUUCAGUGAAGUAAUAAGUUUGACAAAGUUGUCUAUUUAGAGACAGGAUAAAAGAAAUAGCCAAAGAGGUUCUCUCUGAGGUUUGUUGCUAAAUAAGUCUCGACUACUAAGUUUCUAAGGCAAUCACUCUCUUUGCAGGCUGGAAAUGCAUUUUCUAAUCUUCACUAUCAAGAACUGGAUCAUUGUCUUAAACUCCACAAAAUGUUAACAGAGCUCUCUCUCUAUACCACAUUUCUAACUUAAUUUUUUUAAAUUGACUCUGUAGUGUUCAGAUGCUAGUAGAUGGGUGUUUUUUGUUUCUGUCCCUCUGGUGGUAUGAGAAUUUGUUUUUAGAUCUUGCCAAGAGUCUUAUAAAAAUAAAUUAAAUACCUGUCAGAAAGC